UCGGAGAUGUCUCCCAAUUAUACUUGCAGUGAUGAAACUGCGCCGGUGGUGCAGACGACACAUGGAAAAGUGCGGGGAACACUACUGAAAGGGAUCUAUGAAGAUCUAUUCUACGCUUUUGAUGGCAUUCCCUAUGCUGCUCCUCCGCUCGGAAAUCUGCGCUUCAGGGAGCCGCUUGAUAUUAAACCGUGGGAAGGCACUCGAGAUUGCUCCAAGCCGCUUAGCAAGUGCAUCCAAGUGAGCUCCUAUACGAAGUUGGUUGAGGGCUCCGAGGAUUGCUUGUACUUAAAUGUGUCAACUAAAACGCUGCUCAGCGAAAAGCUAUUGCCGGUUAUGGUUUUUAUCCAUGGUGGGGUAUUUAAGGGCGGCGACUGCUCGAGACGAGCCUGGGGCCCGGAUUAUAUAAUGCGAGAGGAUGUAAUUCACGUGAGCAUCGGCCAUCGCCUGGGACCUUUAGGCUUCGCCAGCUUUGCGGAUCCCUCUCUAAAAAUUCCUGGCAACGCUGGCCUUAAAGAUAUAAUCAUGGCUCUCCAUUGGGUAAAGGCGAAUGCCUCCAACUUUAAUGGUGACCCCGAUAGAAUUACCAUCUUUGGGCAUAGUUCGGGCAGUGUGUUAUGUCAAAUGUUGCUGGCCAGUCCACAAACGGAAGGACUCUUCCACAAGGCCAUUCUUAUGGCGGGCUUUUCAAUGAAAGUGAACCGAUUGCCUCAAUUGGAAUACCGUCUGGCCAAGCACUUGGGAUACGAGGGACAGAAUGUUGAUAGCCAGGUUCUAGAGUUCCUCCAUAGGGCAGACCCUCAUCUGCUCGUUUCUGCGGACUUUCUCACUCCUGCGGAGAAGGGGUAUGAUCUUAUGGCGUUCAAGCCAAACAUAGAGAGCUAUGUGACUCCAAAUGCUGUUCUUUUGGCGGAGCCCAUUGAACUGCAAAGGAACUCUUGGAGCAAUCGAAUUCCCAUAAUUUUGGGGGCCAAUAAAGAUGAAGGAUUAGGUAGUGUGACAAAUUUUAAAACCGAUCCCAAGAUUUUGCAGAUGUUCCAGGAAUAUCCCGAGCGGGUGCUUCCCUAUGACCUCAAGCACCUCUGCGACUCCGCCCAGAGGCGUGAGCUGGGACUUAAGACGCUGGAGUAUUUCUGCAAGGCCCGUGGUGAAUACCUGAACUUGGAGCACUUUGAUCCCUUGGUAGAGAUCUACACGCACAAUACUUUCCAUUCCCUGGACCGACUCGUCAAAGCUAGAUUGGCUUUCGGCCAGGCACCGACGUAUGUCUACCGAUUUGCUUUCGAUUCGCCGGACUUCAACUUCUACCGGAUUCGAUACUUGGGAAAGGAGCAGCGUGGAGUUACGCAUGUGGAUGAACUAGGCUAUAUAUUUGUACUACCGGCCACCUUUAAAUUAGACAAGUCACGGCCGGAGUUCUCCACGAUUUGUAGAAUGGUAUCAAUGCUGGUGCACUUCGCAGCCACCUCGGAUCCCAACUCUCCCCUCACUAAGCCUCUUGUGGAUUGGAAGCCUGCAGGCUCUGGAACCCGAAUGGUUCUCAACAUCACCGAGGAACUUAAGUUUAUUCCCCUCUCCAUGCCUAAACUUCAGUUUCACGAUGACUUGUUUAAGCAGGCUGGAGUGGCACUUUUUUAGGUGGGUUCACCUUUAACCCUUAAACAAACCUAAUCGUGGGAGGGACAAGCCCCAACUCUUGAAGAACCUUGGGGUGUAAUAAAAGACACAAUUAAUUACACAGACACAAAUAAUUAACACCAUGUUUAAAAACAAUUUAGAUUUUUUUCAAACUAAUCUUCCAAGUUUUAUAACAGUCAAUAUUCGUAUUCUGGAAAUUUCUAGCACACCCUUAUGUAGCGUUUCUUCCAAUAAAUGACUAGAUAUUCACAAAUUA